AUGAUGCACUUUCUGGGCCAUCGUCGAACAGCCUCGCAGCAGAGCAUCGACCCCGAGACACAACAGCAGCCACAGCAACAAUGGCGUCCGCACCACCAGCAUCGCCUAAGCGCGUCUUCGGCUCUUUGGCAAGCGGCCCAGGCCUUGGGGUCCAUUGGAGCCCCGGCCGCUGCCGCUGCCGCCGCCACUUCCCCUCCAGGUUCCGGCGGUCCUCCUUCUUCUUCUACCUUUGAGUCUGGACUCUCUGGAGGAAAUGCUUCGUCAGCGUCAGCGGCAGCGGCAGCUUCAGCCUCCCAUGCGACUGCCAAUGCCAAUGUCAAUUUGAAUGACCCUCCAACUGCAGGUACAACCGCAGGUACAGGUAGUAGUAGCAGUGGUACCACGGCUGGCCACACCCGCCCACCGCUGCCCAACCCGGUACCUUCCUACUCGUCGUCGGUGUACUCCCAGCAGUCGCAACAAUCGCAAUAUUCGCCGUAUUCUCUGCAACAACUGCAACACCAGCAGCAGCAACAACGACAGUCUGGCUACUUCCAGCCCAACCACCACUCGCAUCCUUCAGGCGGUCCUCCUCACGCCGGGCUCGGCAUCGGGCUCGCUUCUCCCUCCACUACUUCCUCCCUUCAAUACACCCCGGAAGCCUUGAAGUCAUCCUCAACCUCGACACCACCGGCCUCAACGUCCGCAUCCACAACAACAACAGCAGUCGCCGCUGGUGCGCCUGGGCCAUUAGUGCCCAAAGACCCCCCCGCCGUCCCCAACUUCCACUGGGACAACGACUAUUACCAGAACACGCCGAACAAUAGGAACAAGACCAUUAGCGACACCACCACCAACAGCGCCGCGGCCACUCGUACGCCCACAACAGCGACCGACUCCGCUUCCGCCCGCGCCCUCCAGCCUCAUCAGUCCUCCCAUUCACGCUCUCAGUCUCAUUCUCAUUCUUACUUUCACUUUCAAUCUCAAUCUCAAUCUCACUCUCACUCCCAUUCGUAUUCCCACUCCUACUCCCAGUCCAACCCCUACUCUCCCUCUUCUUCCUCUCACCCGCCUUCCUCUUCCUCCAAUAUCCCUCCUUUCUCCCAUUCCCGCUCCCAGUCCCACUCCCAGCACAACCAGCAGCGUGCCUCCAUCCCCGCUGCUCUGCUUCCGGCCCAUGGCCAGCAGCUGCACCGAGACUCUCCCAACUCGCUGCCUACCCACUCCACUGCGACUCAGACAUCAGGGCCGCCGGGCCUUUCCCCCUCCGUCACACUGCUGCCCGCGCCAACGCCCUCCUCAUCCUCCUCGCCAUCUUCUUCCUCUGCUCUCGCAGCCAUGAACCAGCAACAGCAACAGCAACAGCAGCAGCAGCAGUCGCCGCAGCAGUCGCAACCCCAGUUCCAAACUGGCACCCCGCGACGCACUGGCACCUAUAGCUCCCAGUCAGACGAAUUGCACAUGCCAGCGGGCAUGAUCCAGCACGGCCAGCCUUCACCCCGCGAAUACUCAUCAUCCUCUGCUGCCCCCGCCGCACCCCAUAUCAAGCUGGAGCAGUCCUCCCCAAACUCCCACCCCCAGGCGCCGCCUUACCAGAGCACAUCGUCGGUGCCCAACGUCUUGCAACCAGGUGGUGCAGGUGGUCGACCUCCCGCCAUCUCUGCCAACACCGCUCCCAGUAUGUCUGCCAUGCAGCCUCAGCAGCAGCAGCAAGACUAUCAGACACCUUCCAAGCCUCCCAGCUUGAGCCUGUCCCACAGCUACUCGCGCUCCUCGCCUGCUGCCGGAUACGAAGGUGGCUCGUCCUUUGCGCCCUACACACCCACUACCCCCAGCGGCUCUGGAUCCCAGUUCAUGUCUCCGCCAGACCAAAAGUACAAUGCGCCCGGCUCCCAGCGAAACAUCUCGAACACGCCCUUGGGCUUGGCCGAUAUUCGACCCCGCGCCGACUCGAGCAUGUCCGAUGGCGUGCCCGGUAGCGCUGCAUAUGAGCUUGCCAACGCGCAACCUGGAACCAGCAACUAUCUCGCUCCUUGGGCCCUGUAUGCUUUCGACUGGUGCAAGUGGCCUCCCCAGGGCAACGGCGCUGGGAAGCUUGCCGUUGGCAGCUAUCUAGAAGAUGGACACAACUACAUCCAAAUCCUCGAUACCCAAAUGGUCCCGACGCCCAACGAUGUCUACCAGCCGGGCACCCCCAAAAUUAACCUCGAAUUUCAAAAAGUCGCCGAGGCUACACAUUCCUACCCUGUGACGCGCUUGCUCUGGGAACCGCCCUCCUCGCAGAAGCAGUCUACUGACCUGCUCGCGACGUCGGGAGACCACCUUCGCCUGUGGUCUCUUCCCUCCGAAAGCCCUGUCUCCCAGAACAACUCCAUUACCAACCGAGCCAGAGACCCCGCCGUUACGAAACUCACGCCUCUCGCGCUUCUGUCCAACUCCAAGACCCCGGAUCAUACUGCACCGCUUACUUCGCUAGACUGGAAUACUGUUUCACCUAGCUUGAUAAUCACGUCCAGUAUCGAUACCACCUGCACGAUUUGGGAUAUUCCGUCGCUGACGGCCAAGACACAAUUGAUUGCCCACGAUAAGGAGGUUUACGAUGUCCGCUUCUGCGCCAACAGUGUUGACGUAUUCGUGAGCUGCGGACAGGACGGUAGCGUCCGCAUGUUCGAUUUGCGCAGUCUGGAGCACAGCACCAUCAUCUACGAGCCCACUGGGAAAGAUGAACGAGAUGCCAAUGGAGGACGUAUCAGCCCUACGCUCGCGCAGCAGACCAUGUCGAACCCUCCGCCCUUGUUGAGACUAGCAACUUCUCCCCACGAUACCCAUUUGCUAGCCACAUUUGCGCAAGACUCGAACGUCAUUCGUAUCCUUGAUGUAAGACAUCCUGGACAGGCUCUUCUCGAACUCAGGGGCCACGGAGGUUCCCUGAACUCCAUAGAGUGGUCGCCUACGAGGCGUGGUGUUCUAGCUUCGGGAGCCGACGACUGCCAGGUGCUGCUAUGGGAUGUGUACAACAACAACCCUGCUCUUGGUGGUGGUCCUCCCGCCAACGGUGCCGCCCAGCCAGACAACACGAGAAGCCCGUACGCCAGCUGGCAAUGCGACUACGAAGUCGGCAACCUUGCUUGGGUGCCUCAUCUUUCUAGCGACCAGGGAGAGUGGCUGGGAGUCAGCGCCGGCAGGGGCCUAUGGGGUGUCAAGACAUGUGGGCGAACCGGCGCCUGA